AUGGCAAGAACAAGAACUAGUGCUGGAACUAGCGGUGGUCGUGGAAAAGGCCGUGGUGAAAACGAAGACUCUGGUCAAGGUCGUGGUAGUGGUCGAGGAACUGGACGGAGUGGAGGCCGUGGUAUUGGUAGUGGCACUGGGCCUAAAGUAGUUCAAGGUGUUGGCCGCGGUGUAGGUCGUGGAAAUGAACAAGCUGGAGGUCGAGGUACUGUUCGUGGAGUUGGUCGUGGUGCAGGCCGCGGUGGCGGCCGAGGUAGUGGUCGUGGACGCGGUCGUGGUGAAGCUAAAAAUGAAACUACUAAUGAGCAAACUGGAAUGCAAUCUGCAUCUGAAUAG